AUGGCCGUCGACCCUGCCAACCCGUGUCAGCCACACGCAUGCGACAUUCAGGCGUGCAUCCAGCGCAACCAGUUCCAGCAGGAGCGCUGUGAGCAUCUCGUCAAAAAACUGUACGCAUGCUGUGCGGCCUUCUAUGAGAAACACGGGCGUGAUACGGACUGCCCCAAGCCCGAGGCCGUCGACCGCAAACGGGCGGCCUGGGGCGAUUCGCACUAG